GUUGUUUCUGACAUGGACGUGUUUACAAGUUUUGCUUUCGUGUUCGUGUGAUUUUAGUGAUUAUUGAUAUAGUGUGAAUUUUAUUUAUUUUAAAACACUUCUAAGUCAACGACGUUGAAUAACGAAUAAUUUUUACAAAACUUGAUGUAAAUUAACUACAAUGAAUAGAGAUAAACGAGAACCCGAGUAUCCAACGGAGUUGGAGUCUCAAUUUGUAAUGCGCUUACCUGAGGAGCCUUCAAAAGUUUUGAGAGAAGUGUUGAAAUCUGGAGAGAACCUAAAAAACAGACUGACGAUACAAAUAGAAAACGACAUGCGUACGGGCGAGGUAAGAUUUGAUCAUUGGUUGAUGCACGCCAAGAUCGUAGACCUACCAACCAUCAUAGAAUCUCUCAAAACGAUCGACAACAAGAGUUUCUACAAAACAGCAGAUAUAUGCCAAAUGAUGAUAUGUAAAGAAGAACCUGACCAACCAUCCACAGAGGAAGAGUCACCAGCUAAAAAUAAGAAAAAAGAUCCUUACAAAGUUGACAAAAAGUUCCUAUGGCCUCACGGCAUCACACCACCGACAAAGAAUGUGCGGAAGCGUCGAUUUAGAAAAACCCUUAAAAAGAAAUAUGUAGAAGCACCAGAAAUUGAAAAAGAAGUGAAGAGAUUGCUGAGAGCAGACAAUGAGGCUGUGAGUGUUAACUGGGAGGUGAUCAAGGAGGAAGAUGAUCAUCCCAAACAAGAACAGAGUGCACCUGUUAAUCUCAAACCUGAGAAGAAAACCAAAGCUGAACGUAAUCCUAAGCGAGAGUCUGUCUCUGUUGAUGUGUCCAACCAUGAAUCUUCCAAUGUUGUGGACAUAUUUGGUGGUGCAGUCAGUGAUUCUGACUUGGAGGAUGAUAACAUCAAUGUGGAGAUGGAAGACAGUCGGUUGUCAGCUUAUGACAGCAGACUAUCUGACACCAACUCGAUGCAUGGUGAAGGUCCGUCAAAGAGUACAAUGCCUACACAAUUCAGGUCACACAUGUUCCAAUCGCCACAAGACCUAGCUCCAAAGUCAUUCCCGGGCCACAGCAGGGCAACUACUCCAGCAGCAUCAGGAAUGUCUAAAAGCGGUGGUUUAUCAUCAGAGGAUGAUGGUGAUUAUCAACCGAGAGAUAAUAUGUCUAAGGACAAUAUGACACUUAGGAUUGAGCAGUUGAGAGCUGAACUUGAAGAGUUGAAACAGAGGAGACAAAGGACUCAGCAUGAGAUUGCUGGCAUGGAGAACCUGGCAUUGAGGCAGAGGUUCCAGGAUAUUCUGCAUACUCUUAACCAGGACAUCAUGUACAAGGAAAUGGAAUACCAGGGCCUGCUGACACUGCAGAACUCUGAUGACAUCUAGCAUUAAGUUAGAUUGUUAGAUAAACUUGUCUCGUGUCUAACAAUCUAUUGUAUGUCGGAGGUGAAUUAUAGCUCUGUAAGGAUACUACAUGUUAUAACAUUGUAAUUCAAAUAAAAAUCAUAAAUGUAUACUCUAUCUCAAUCCGUAGAUUAUUGUAAUGUUGCUAUAAUUAAUUAAAGGCUAACUACUGCAUUAGUGAAGGCUUGUAGUUACUUAUGGAGUCUUAAAUUCAUAAUGAUUACAUAGAUAGUUCAUACUUGAAUAAUUGUAUAGUUUUAUUUCCUAAAUAAAAACAU